AUGAUAAGCCACGUGGCCUCAGAAGCCGAAGCUGAAGCUGCGAAUGCAGCUGUGCCGAAGCUGGUGGAAUGCAAGUGCGCGGUUUGCUGCGGCUGCAUAAAGUCGUAUUUGCCGAAUGGCAUGGCGAACCUCUCUUUGUGCGCAAAGCACGCAGCAAAGCGCAGGCAGUUCCAUGAUCAGGCAAACAAGGCUGGAAUGCUGAAGGAUGUCUUGGCAAUGGAGAGGACAGAGCCGGACCGUCACCUCCAGGCCUUGUGCACCUACUGCACUGGCCAGCACAAUGCAGCAGCGCCCCUGAGCUGCAGAAACGUGACUGAGGUGUGUGCACAGUACUAUGCUGGGGUCGGGUCGAAGCCCGGCCGAAAGAAGCCCGAGGAGAAGACACCGUAUGAUUUCGCUGCGCUCAUCAAUUCCAAGACCGUCGGCGUGCUCGAGGCCGACGACGGCAUUAUGUCAGCUAUGGCAUAUGCAGACUAUGUGGACUAUUAUACAUCCAAGGCUCCCAGCUACAUGAGCUGCACGGACGCAGGAUGUAGGUUGUGCCAACCGUUAUGCUGCAGUCUACAGUCUCUGGCAGCCAUGCGACAUAGUGACCUGUGA